AUGUUAGAAUCCGCAACACUUUUAAACAUUGAUGAACCAAUAAUACAUGAACCUUAUUGUCCGAUUGAAUUUUGGAAUAUUAGCGAAAGGGCAGCAUCAGCUCUAUUAAAUACAAAUUAUGCAAUGGAAACAGCACAUUUUCAAAUUAAGGUUUUUUUUAAAAUUUUUUUGGGGAUUUUUUGGGAGGGGAAUCCUUUUUUUGUGGAAGAGGAAAUGUCUCUUUCUGGUAUAUUUUUGAGGGCAUUCUGAAGAUUGUUUGACACUUUAUUUUAAUCUUUCGAGUAAGAGGGAGAGGGUUCCGAAUAUUUUGGAGGAAUUUCUGAAUAUCAGCGAGACACUUUUUUUACUUUUUUUUCGAGGAAGGGGUUUUUUCCAAUUUUUGGGGAUAUUUGGGAGUUCUGAUCAGAAUUGAGUGUUCCUUUUUGCUUUUUUUUGGAGGGAGGGGGGGUGGUAUUUUUAAAAUUAUUUUUUGAGCUAACUAUGACAAUUUUUGUUACACUUUUUUCCUCUUUUUUGAGGCAGAGGGGAAGGUUU